ACCGUCAACUCCGGUCGAAUCUCUCAUUCAUGUUUUGUUAUGUCUCUCACAAAGCUUUGGUCCCUCUGAAGGUUUUCAUGUGUUUUUCCACCUUGUUAUUCUUCAUUCUUGCCAUGGUGGACAGAAACGGAUCUUAUAGAUUCUCCUCACUUUCUGCUGAACUCUGCACCUGUUCUUAAUUGGCACCAGGAGAAACGUUAGCCUAGCUAAUUAGCACCUACUUCGAUAACUCAGAUAACUACAAAAAAACACCUUAAAGUUGUGUCCAAAAUUUGUAUUUUAUCAAGGAAAUAAUGCAAAGCAACAUUAAAGAGACGCUUGUUAAAAAGUGUGCGCAUUUUCUGACGUGGAAACAAAACCAUCGAGCCGACAGUUAACAGUUUGACAGAUUUGAAUAGAUGUGCUGUCACCCUGCACUCUGUGCCGAUUCAGAGCGCUGCCUGUCAAGCACUGAGCAGCAAAGCGGACGGACCGAGGAAGAGAGAGAUACACGUUACCCUCCACGCCCAGAGAUCACCAGCCUCCUCACCGCAUCUCUCAGUUUCAGGUUUCACUGCUGAUUCUAAGGUCCCACCAUGGCUAGCGCACAGAUCUCCCCGGAGGAGCUGGAGGACUUCAGAGAAGCUUUCUCCAAGAUUGAUGUGAACAACCACGGAUACAUCAGCAAAGAUGAUCUCAACGACCUCUUCAAAGCCACCAACUUGGCUCUGCCGGGAUACAGGGUCCGGGAGAUCGUCCAGGAGCUGACCUUGACCAACGACCAGCUCAGCUUUGAUGACUUCACUCAGAUUGUUCAGGGGCUGAAGAGCACAGAGGUAGCCAAGACCUUCAGGAAAGCGAUCAAUAAGAAGGAGGGAAUCUGUAACGUGGCGGGAACUUCAGAGCAGUCCGGGACUCAGCACUCGUACUCCGAGGAGGAGAAGGUGGCCUUUGUGAACUGGAUCAAUAAAGCUCUGGAGAAAGAUGCAGACUGUAAACACGUUCUUCCCAUGGACCCUGACAACAAUGACCUGUUCACCGCUAUGGGAGAUGGAAUCGUCCUCUGUAAAAUGAUCAACCUUUCCGUCCCUGACACCAUUGACGAGAGAACCAUCAACAAGAAAAAGCUCACACCCUUCACCAUCCAGGAGAACCUGAACUUGGCUCUGAACUCUGCGUCGGCCAUCGGCUGCCACGUGGUGAACAUCGGAGCUGAGGACCUGAAGGAGGGCAGGCAGCACCUGGUCCUGGGUCUGCUGUGGCAGGUCAUCAAGAUCGGACUGUUUGCCGACAUCGAGCUCAGCAGGAAUGAAGCUCUGAUUGCUCUGCUGCGUGACGGAGAAAGUCUGGAGGAUCUGAUGAAACUUUCCCCCGAGGAGCUGCUGCUGCGUUGGGCCAAUUAUCACCUGGAGGAAUCCGGCUGCGGCAAGAUCAACAACUUCAGCUCCGACAUCAAGGACUCCAAAGCAUACUACAACAUCCUGAACCAGGUGUCACCCAAAGGAGAUGAAGAGGGAAUUCCCCCCAUCGCCAUCGACAUGUCGGGAAUCAGGGAGAAAGAGGACCUGAAGAGGGCGGAGUGCAUGCUGGACCAGGCCGACCGGCUCGGUUGCAGGCAGUUCGUCAUGCCGGCUGAUGUUGUCCGCGGCAACCCAAAGCUCAACUUGGCUUUUGUUGCCAAUCUGUUCAACAAGUAUCCGGCUCUGAAGAAACCGGAGAACCAGGACAUCGACUGGAGCUCAAUUGAAGGGGAAACCAGGGAGGAGAGGACCUUCAGGAACUGGAUGAACUCGCUGGGUGUCAACCCCCGUGUUAACCACCUUUACGCAGACAUUGACGACGCCCUGGUGAUCUUCCAGCUGUACGAGAAGAUCAAAGUACCCGUAGACUGGGACAGAGUCAACAAGCCCCCAUACUCUAAACUCGGUAGCAACAUGAAGAAGCUGGAGAACUGUAACUAUGCAGUGGAGUUGGGCAAAAAAGAGGCCAAGUUCUCUCUGGUUGGCAUCGCAGGUCAGGACCUGAACGCAGGGAAUCGAACCCUCACCCUCGCUCUGCUGUGGCAGCUCAUGAGGAGAUACACCCUGAACAUCCUGGAAGACCUGGGUGAUGGACAAAAAGUGACCGAUGACACCAUUGUGUCCUGGGUGAACGACACACUCAAACAGGCUGAAAAAGGCACCAUCUCCAGCUUUAAGGAUACGUCCAUCAGCAGCAGCAUGCCGGUUCUGGACCUGAUUGAUGCCAUCCAGCCUGGAUCGAUCAGAUAUGACCUGCUGAAGGCAGAGGACCUGACAGAGGAAGAAAAACUCAAUAAUGCGAAGUACGCCAUCUCCAUGGCCAGAAAGAUCGGAGCCCGGGUGUACGCGCUGCCGGAGGACCUGGUGGAAGUCAAACCGAAGAUGGUAAUGACUGUGUUCGCCUGCCUCAUGGCACGAGGCAUGAAGAGAGUCUAAAGGCCACCACGACCUCCCAUCAAUCACCCAAAACAAGCCGAUUAACAGGUUAAUAGUUGAGAAAAUGAGGGAAGCAGUAUUUUAUACAGAGAAUCAGCUGUACACGGUUUUCUAAACGCUGAUGCAGUUACAGUGAUGUCUGUUACUUUUCUCUUACAUAUACUUUUAUAAAAAUUGAAGCUUUAACCACAGACACAUCCUGGAGUUUAGUUCAACAAAAUGUUAGAGGCAGAAAUGGACAUUUCUGUCUAUAAUUUGACAGAUUAAACCAUCAAAAAAGUAGCUGUUAUUCACACAGCAACUGAUCAACAUCUGGUUUUAAUUUUCAGUCAUUUCAUUCAUUUUUAUUCAUUCUUCUGUCAAAGCCGACUGGAGGUCAACGUACAGACACAUUACAGUCUAUUAUUUGUUGCUGUAAUAACAUGUGACUUGUUCUGUCAGUGUCCAGCCCCAUGUCAGCUUUUUAAAGAUGAUCAAAUUCUAACUGUGGCUUUUUUAACUUGGGACAGCCGUUAUUCUUUACUAUUGUUUUUGCUGUAUUUUCCUUUAAAUAUGAAGCAUUCACCUGUUGCAGUAUUACAGGUUAAUCAUAAAGGAUUUCCUCAGUUUGUCUGUAAAGCUGAAAGUGUUCUCUUUACAUUUGUCUCUGCUACAGGUUGAGAAAUUCAGGUAAAAAUCACAUGACAAGAAAUAAACAUGUUUUUGUAUUAA